GCUCUCACGGUGCUUACUGCUUAGUACUUCAGUUUGGCGGGCUUAGCGUACGCCAACAGACGCCUCGGUGUCUUCUUACCGGAUUGGCGGGAACUCCUCGCGUGUCCUGUAACGUAACAUAAAUCCAAUCAUAAAUUUUAGUUUAUGUGUAAACCGUGUAAGAUGUCUAUAAAAUCCAGCUUCUUGAUGCUUUUGCCAUUGCUCAUCUUAAGUAACGUUUCGAGAAUAAAAGGUGGUAUACUCGGUGAGCAGUGUAAAUCAAAUAAAGACUGCAGCCCGUCAAAAUCACAUUGCGAAAAAGGUGUUUGCAUAUGCGACCCUUAUUAUGCUCGAGUUGACAACAUUACUUGUCUGGAAUCAACACUUUUGGGAUCCGAAUGUUCAGUUCCAGAGCAAUGUACACUGAAGGUAGCAUACAGUGACUGUUUGGAUGGUGUUUGCCGAUGUACCGAUGGUCAUCUACAAUUCAGGAAACACACAUGUCUCUCACCUGCUCCACCCGGCCACGUAUGUUAUAGCAACGAACACUGUCGAUUAUGGGAUAAAGAAAGUCAUUGCGAAUAUGUCAUACCAAACCUUUUUGGACGAUGUGCAUGUAAUUUAUAUUUCCGACAAGUUAGCGAUAAAUGUAUUAUAGAAAAACCAUCAGGGUAUGCAACAGAAGCGGUCGUUGCUGAACAAGAAACUAUGAUUGUUGAUGCUACUAACGGGUCUAUUAUUUAUAAUAUGCAUAAACCAUCAGUAAGUUAUAAUAUAGAUUCUAGAAAUCCACACGAACCCCCAAAUAUAAUUGACGAAGAUGGUAUACAACCUAGCAAAUUACCAAUGUUUACUAACAAAAACGAAUUAUUUAGCACACAAGAGGACAGUCCAUUUAUGCAGGCAGUCAUGAAAGUACCAACAGCUGAUCCACUAAAACGUUUGCCAGUGUCAAACAGAAAAGAUGGUGAUCCAAAUGAAACAAUAAGCGUUGACGAAUUGACGGCCAAUUUACAUGCAAAUGAUCAGCCUAUCUAUAGAGUAGUGACACAACCAUCAGUUGAUAAAAAAACAAAUAAAAAAACUAGCGGUUCUUCGAAGGAACAAGGUUCAGGAACCAAACCUUACAAAACAGGACACCAAAAGAAAUCUUCCUUAAAAGAUAAAAAUCGUUUUCGACCUGACGUGGCUCCUAUGAUUGAUCUUGGACCAGCUUCGCUUGGAAUGCCUUGUAUGAGAGAUUCGCAAUGCCAAGAAAUUGAUCCAUAUACCAGGUGUUUAAAUAAAAGAUGUGAUUGUACAUAUCGUACAAACUCUACAUCUGCUUGCUCGGCCCGUAACAGAGGUUGUUUACCAGGAACUUUCCAAUGUAGAUCAACGGGUACAUGUAUCAGUUGGUACUUCGUCUGCGACGGCCGCAAAGAUUGUCCAGACGGGUCCGAUGAAAAAUGUCAAGGUAGUAAAGACAGAUCAGGCGAACGCUGCCCUAUGCAUGCUUUCCGCUGCGGAGGUCCCGGAUCGCAAUGCGUGUCUAGGGCUUCAAGGUGUGAUGGAACUCCACAAUGCCCUGGAGGCGAGGAUGAAAGAAAUUGCCGUUCAACGCGUCGUAGAGGCUGUCCACGACACACUUUUCGAUGCAACUCCGGUGAAUGCCUUCCAGAAUUCGAAUUCUGUAAUGCCAUCGUCUCCUGUAAAGAUGGAUCUGACGAACCACCACACUUAUGUAAUGAACAGUCUAGAUGGCGCGCCGCGGACUUCUGCCCACUGCGAUGUGGGAACGGCCGGUGCAGGAGUACGGCUGUUGCGUGCUCAGGUCGAGACGGAUGUGGCGAUAACAGUGAUGAGAUAGCUUGCACAGUUUGUAGAUGUCCAGGCCCCGUUCAUUCGCCGUGAGUGACUCUGUGAAGACUUUUAUGAAUUUCUACACAUUUAUUAGCGACUAAGCGUCGCUUAAUAUUGGUUCUUGACGGUUUAUAUACAAUAUAAGGUCCAAACGCGAAUACUUAAACUUCCCGACUAUACUCAUAGCAAAAGAGGCUUAAAAUAGACAAGAAAUCAUAAUUUAUAUUUUUUUCUAUGACAUUACUUUUCUGGUAGCUAUAUAUUUAUUUUCAUAACGUUAUUGCACUAAAAACACUGACACUUAAGUAUAUUAAUAGAGUGUAUGUUACUAUGUUAAUAAUUUUCAUACUACAGUAAAAAAAAUAUAUACGCAUAUAUUUCUGUUAUAAUGUAAACAUGUAUUACAAUUUACAACGCAUCAUAAGAUUGCCUAUAUCUAUAUGAAUAAGUUCUUACUCCAUCCAGAAAUUGGUUUAUUUUUCUAUUAAUAUUGAACGAAAAUCGUUUGUAAAAUGACUACAAAUGUCAUACGCGUGUUAUAUUUAUUUAUUUGUCAAAUGUGUGAGAUGUAACUAUCGCGAAAGUGUAUUUAAUUUUAAGAUUAAUUGCGCUCAAAAAUGUAUUAAUUAAUGGUAUUACAUAUUUUAUUUAUUAUAGGUAGGAACCAAUAAAGAAUUGACAAACAAUAAUUAUUUUACGAUUAUGUUGUAUGUAGAUUAAUAACCCUAACCGAUUUUUAUUUAUUUAGUUGUACUAUUCUACUUUAUAUUUAAAUUCAAGCUAUACCAUUUGCAAAAUCUUUUCAAUGAAAUUCUGCACUAGUUAUUUUUUUCCACAAUAAAUAAUCUGACGGCGUGUAAAUUGUUAGAUGCCUAAUUAUUAUUUUUUUCACUUGCCAUUUUAAAUUAUUAUUCAUCAAUUAAAAUCACUAUUUUAAGUAUUUAAUUAGGCGAUGGGCGCUAUAAGACUGACGAGUGAGUUACUCUUGACACUUUCUAUAUAUGUAGAUGUAGAAAAUUUGAAUAUACUUACUGCCAAUUCUGAUCAAUAGCAUUAUUGUAAA